AUGGCUUGCACGGGAAGUUCCAAGAAAUCAGGAAGAAACAACAACACACGGAAAAAAAAUACCCGGCUUAUCGAUUUAUAUGAAGAUGUGGCGUCCAUGUAUUCCGUCAUGGAGCGUGCUGAUCGAGUGCUAGCAUGCUUAAAAAGUGAGCUUGAAGUCGAACUCCCGUUUUUCUUGAAGUCUAUGCUCCCCUCAAAUGUCUCUCAUGGAUUCUGGCUACAUCUACCUAAAAAUUUCUGCAGACUUCAUUUGCCCAAUCACGAUACGUCUAUAACUUUGGUGGAUGAGUGGGGGAAUGAAUACAAGACCUCUUAUCUUCUCGAGAGGCAUGGCUUGAGUGCCGGGUGGAGAGGCUUCGCGAUUGCUCAUAGGCUAUUGAAAGGCGACAUACUCAUUUUCCAUUUGACCGAACCUUGCAAAUUGCAGGUGCACAUUGUUAGAGUGCAUGGCUCGGAUGUUGUUAGUGCAGCUCUUUGCCUUAUGGAAUUGGAUGCUUUUAAAAGAGGGGCAAAUGAUGAUCUUGAGAAGAAAGAUAAACGAAAGCGCAAAAGAACAACAAAGUACGUGGAGCCUUUCUUGCCUAAUCUCUCCACAUCACCGUUGGAGAAUGUCAAAGGAAAAAACGUGCUCGAUCAAUAUGGGAGAGACACCGAUGGUUUUAGCUCCAAAUUUGUAGAUUCUGAAAUUGCGGUUAAGAAAGCCAUUCGCUAUCACGAGCCGUCGUUUUUGCACGAUCCUUGUGAGGGCGUCGUUUGUAGGUAG